GAGAGAAAUAGCCAGGAUUUAAAUCAUUCGAAAAUUGAGAAGGUGGUCUUACAUCCCUCAUACAGAUCUCAAGAAGACUCUCACUACCUUCUCUCUCGAUCAUUCACAACAAUACCAAUCCACAGAAACACGAUACCAAACAACCAUGACAACAACUACAACCACACCCACAAACCCAAACACACCCUCCACAUUCCCCCUCUUCCCAAACCUCGUCCUUGAACUCCGCCGCCAAAUAUGGCUUGAAGCCCUCCCCACCGCACUCCUCCCAUCCCUCUACUUCUACAAAAAAGGCUGCUGGCAACCACGAAUCUUCCAGGAAACCGACCCCGGCUACUGCGACGAAGUAAGCGAAACCCUCAGCAGCGAAGAUCUCAACCGGAAUUUCGAAUUUCAAUUCCAACAUCUCGAUAAGAUUAAUUUCCAAACAUCUCUCAUGUAUGUGAACCACGAGGCUCGCGAUAUUGUGUUUUCAUGGGCUCGUACUGUUGGGCUUGAAAUCGAAAGAUGUGGUGGGGGCUCUUCUGCUCCGCUUUUGGCUGUGCCGUUUAAUCCUGCUCGUGAUGUGCUUUUUGUGUCGGUUGAGCAGUGGGAUGAGUUUUAUUCUGAGCCGUAUGAUCGCUCUUUUGAAGAGGACAUGAUUGAUCUUACUCAUGGUACAUAUAGUGAAAUCACGCGGCUGGCUGUUCCGGAAGCUUUGUUUGAGAAGGAUAUUAAUGCUUUGGAAGAGUUGUCUAGAUACUAUUCUAGUAUUGAGGUAUUAUAUAUUAUUGUUGAUACGCCGCCAGAAUUGCACUCGCUGGAUAAUGGAAUGCAUGUACAACCGCGAUGGGGAUAUAGGAAAUUUACAAAUUGGGCGUACGUCUGGAAUGAUGAGGAACAGGUCUUUAAAGCUAGUGGUGAGAGGACUCCUGGGUUUGGGUUUCCGGAAGCGAUGACUUUGGAGGUUUGUGAGAGGUUGGGCGAGGAGAUUAUUUCGGGGUCGGGCUCGAUUCGUGAGGUUCAACCUGUGUUUGCUGUUAAGGGAUCUGGAUAAAGAGUGUAUAUCACGGAUAUCCCAUAGGUUACCUAUGCUCAUAAGAAUUCCCAUUUAGUUCAUUUAUGAGAUAUCCUACAAAUGCCUUCAUUUCUAU